AAAUGUCAAAAAAUUUAUUCUGUGUGUGAAUCUCAUCGUCUGCCGUUUUUUUAGGAUACUUCUUUACAUAUUGCGUAUUUAUAACUUGAUAAUCGGUUUAAAAUAUGAAAACUGUGUUUAUUGAAUACAGUAGAAAUUUCUAGAAUAUAGUAGGAAAUAAAUUAUUGUACGAUAAUUUUUUAUACAAUUGAAAAUGUCUAACACGGAAGAAGCUAUAGAUGUUGCAGAGGUCGGAGAAAAUUCCAACGAGUCGUCAAGUGACACAACUUCUUCCAGAGGUAAAGAGGGCGACUUUGAAAGUAAAAUUGAAACCGAUCGUUCCAAAAGAUUUGAGUUUUUAUUAAAACAAACUGAAAUUUUUUCACACUUUAUGACUAAUACUUCAAAGUCUGGAAGUAGUCCUCCAAAAGCUAAAGCUGGGCGACCUAAAAAGAUCAAAGAACCUGAACUAUCUGGAUCUACUGGAGAGCAGAAGUUUGAACGAAUAUCAAGUUAUACAAUUGCUGGGCGAUGGAAACUUCUCCGACAUCGAAGAUUUUGAGGACGACGACGACGAAAUCCAACCCAGCACUUUCGAAAAUCUUCAGUUGGAUGAUCCAGAGCCUGAACCACAGCUGUCUGUAGCACCGGAGCCGGAACCGAUGCAAGAUACUCCUGGACCAUCACAACUAACUCCGCGCCCUCGAUCUUUACGGCCACCUUCUCGAAAGAGAGUUUGGAAGCAGGUACCUUUCGACGAUUGUAGUCAUGACUAUGCUCCCUUGCCCGUUACUCCGGUCAGGACUCCAAUGGAGUAUUUCUCCGACUAUUUCAACAGAGAGUUUUUUGAUGAAAUUGCCAGAUGCACAAACAUGUACCAUCACAGAAAAACGGGCCUGGAACUGAAACUUACAACAGUUGAAGUAGCCAGAGUUUUUUCAAUACACAUCAUCAUUGGAUGUAUUCCCUACCCCCGUGUCCCGAUGUAUUGGAGAGGUGGAAUAAAACUGGAUAUAAUAACUCAACAAAUGGCUCGUGACAGGUUCUUGACUGUCCGCAAUGCAUUGCACAUCGUAGAUGCUGAUGAAGCUCCGCCAAGUAAUAGUAACAAUCCACUGUGGAAAGUACAGCCGAUGAUUGACCGGUUAAAAUUAGCCUGUAACAAACUUGAAACAGUUCCUGGCUUCUACUCCAUUGACGAGCAAAUGGUACCAUUUACUGGCAGAUGUGUACUUCGCCAGGUAGUCCGAAAUAAGCCGCGCCCGGUGGGUUUGAAGAACUUUGUGCUGACCUCAAGUGAAGGCUUGAUGCUAGACUUCGACAUAUAUCGAGGAGCUAAAACCAUGUUUGCAGAUACAUCUCUUGGACUUGGAGCUUCUGUGGUUCUGCAUCUGGUGAAAAGUGUACCGCCUGGAAGCUGUGUCUACCACGACAGAUAUUUUACGACUGUUCCGCUAAUUGAAGAGAUGACAAAGAGGAAUCUUCACAGUACGGGAACAAUCAUGUUCAACAGGAUCCCUGACCGUACUGCGAUUAAAUUUAAACCAGAUGCUAGAAUGGCUCGCGGAGAAUCACAGCAGUACGUUUGCGGACCGACUGUCGUCGUCAAAUGGAAAGACAAUAAGUCCGUUCUAAUGGCGUCAAACUGCACCGGCUCGUCCUCAUCUUCAAUCGUCAAGAGAUGGGAAAAACACUUGAAGAUGUACGUAGACGUACCUGUCCCAAAAGUAGUCGAGCAUUACAACCAACACAUGGGGGGUGUUGAUGUUCUGGACCAGCAGAUGGAGUAUUAUCGGACAUUCAUCAAAACAAAGAAAUGGACACUGAAAGUACUGAUACACUUUCUUGACUUGGCAAUUGUCAAUUCUUGGCGACUGUAUCGUAAUGAUUGUAUGGCAAAUAAAUUAAGCAGGAGGGAAAUUUUGCCCUUGUUAGACUUCCGCAUGAACAUUGCUGAUGGAUUGUCAAGUUUGCCGGCAAGAAACCGGCCAUCGACGAGCAAUAUUGAAAAUGAACCGCCGCUGGAUGAAAAUGAAUCUCCUCUUCCGAAAAGACAGUACAGACCAGCAAACAAGCCGUCUGAAUCAAAGUGGUAUGAUGGAUACGAACAUUUUCCAGUGUUCGACGAAAUAAAAGCACCUAGAAUGUGCAGGUACGAAAAUUGUACCAGUCGCACAAAGGUACGCUGCACAAAAUGCGACACGUAUUUGUGUAUCGCACGUGGCAAAGAGUGUUUCAAGUCUUACCAUACCAGAGGAUGAUCUGAUAUUUCUUUAUUCCUGAUUUGCUUUAGAAGCUUAUCUUCACGCACAAUCCCUGACGGGGUAGCCAGAGAGAACAGAUCGCCAAGUGUCACGAUCCUUACAUAUCUCUUUCGCUUCUUUCAGAUUCAUUAUCUUCUUCAUACAUGCACGUCUAGGUAUCCGAGUACUCUUGACCCUACCCUCUUCGAGCAAUUUGCUCACAUGGUCUUCGAAAGUUAGUCUCGGUCUACCUCGACACCUUUUAAUAUUAACUUUCGCGCUAUAUAUUUUCUUCACCAUUCGGUCUUCACUCAUUCGCUCAACGUGCCCAAACCACCGAAGCACGCUCUUAUCAAUUUUUGUGAUAAGGUCAUCUUUCAAACCUGCCAUAUUGCGAAUCUCUUCGUUUCGCUUUCGGUCGGCCAUAGUAACGCCGCACAUUUUACGAAGAGAUCGCAUCUCCACUGCAUUCAACUUACUUUUAUGCUUCUUCUGGCAUACCCAGGUUUCGCUGCCAUAUAACAAAGUCGGUACCAACACUGCGUUAUGUAUUGCAAGGCGUGCACUCUUCGCUACGCCUUGCCUUUUGACUAACGCAGUCAGGGCACCAUUGACUUUGUUCCCGGCAGCGACACGCCUGUCCACAUCUAAAUCACAUCUUCCAUCCCGGCUAAAAGCACUCCCCAAGUAUACAAUUUCAUUUACCUGUUCUAGACAUUCCUGAUUUACCCAUAUUUCACACUUCGUUCUCUCUUCGUCCCUUUCAAAUACCAGAACCUUAGUUUUAUUAGCAUUCAAACGGAGACGGAGGCUUUAGAAGCAUUAAUUAAAAUUAUAUUUUUAUUGUAGCGUACAACUUUAAAAGUUUGUUUUGUUUUGUAUAUAUUUUACAGAAAAUUUUGUAUCAUGUUGCCAAAGGCACGAAUUAAUGUUUAGUUCUAAAAAAAAAUUAUAUGAGACUGAAUGAUUAAAAUAACUAAAUAAUUAAUAAAGAGGCUGAUUAAGU